CCGCUUUUCACACAAUAUAUAGUGAAGCCUGCAACAUUUAUUCAACUCCUCUGGACAAACACAGCAGAUUCUCCUGCAGCCACCAUGAAAAUCGCAUCGUUUAACAUUCAGAGGCUUGGACUGAAAAAAGUGUCGGACCCCAGCAUUCUGAACAACCUGGUUCAGAUUAUUUCUCGUUAUGACAUCAUUGUGAUCCUGGAGGUUGUGGAUGAGACCGGGAAAGCCGUGGAUGUUCUGAUGGAAGCUCUUAACAAGGAACAUCGCUACGAGAAGCAAAUCAGCACUCGCCUGGGCAGAACUGACUACAAGGAGCAGUUCCUGUUCCUGUACAGGGUCGGUCUGGUUACUCUGAAGGACUUGUACCAGUCUGACGAUAAGAAGACUCAAGGACAGGACGACAUUAACAGAGAUCCGUACAUCCUGCGCUUCAGCUGCCCAAACACAGUCCUGGAAGAUCUGGUGAUGAUCCCAGUUCACAUCUCACCAAAAGGCGCCGAGAUUGAGCUGGAUAAACUCUACGACCUUUUCCUGCACAUUCAGAAGAUGUGGAAGACUGAUAACGUGAUGAUCCUGGGCGACUUUAACGCCGACGGCUCGUACGUUUCUAAGAAGGAGAUGAAAACCAUCCGAAUCCGCAGCGACAAAAACUUCCACUGGCUGAUUGGAGACGAUGUGGACACAACGGCCAGCACCAAAAACACCAACACAUACGACAGGAUUGUUGUUUACGGAGACAAAAUGCUUCAGGCUGUUGUUAAAAAUUCUGCUAAGGCCUUCAACUUCCAGGAAGAAUACAGACUCUCCAACGAACAGGCUCUGAACAUAAGCGACCAUUAUCCAGUGGAGGUGGAGCUGCUGGGGAAAACAGGUGGAGCUGAUGGUCUGAAAGAGAAGGCGGAAGAGCUCGACGUUAAAGACAAGAAACCAAAAGAUGAAAAGAAAAAAAAUACUGCAGGAAAGGGGAAAGGUAAACCUGGACAAUGAAGAUGCAGCUCCGCCUAAAGAGGCCGGAGAAACUCGACCGUAACACCGGUUACCUCAGAGAGCUCGUUGACAUGAGGGGCCAUUUUGAAAAGUAUCACAGAGGACAGCAUGUAAGAGCAAUAACAAUAAGUUUAGCACACCUUAGCGCAAUAUCCACAAGGUUUCUCACACAUUUGUAAUGGAGCUACUGAAGGAGUGGAGGGCUAAUUCAGAAAAUGUCUGACAUUUUCACUGAGAGGAGAACUCAGUUUUGUUGCCAGUAGUUUAGACAUUAAUGAUCAGGUUAUUUUAGGGCUGAAAACAAAUGUACACUAGUUUACAAGCUGACUGCUUUACGUUCUGUCCAAAUGUCAGACAUUCAGUGUUGUCCAAUGAACAAAUGUAAUAAAAUAUUUACAUUAACUUGA